GGAGCGUUAAAAGCAGAGCGCAUCCUGGAUGCUGAGAGAGGUGACAGCUUCCCCACCACAGGCACACACUAGGAGAGGAAGUUUGUGCAGACCUUCCUUGUAAGUGUAACAUUUUAAAAGGUUAAUUAUGUAAGAAGCCAUUAGUCUGUUUGCAAUUAUUAAUAUUUCUAUCAUGUACUGAAGCAGGAUUUGUAAAGUUAGAAUUAAAAGUAUUAAUAAUUGUACUUGUAUAAUAUUGUUACUAUAAAUUAAUAAAACCUCAUUUUGACAGUCUUGGUUUUUUCCAUAUUUGUGAUAAAAGUUUCAUUAAAUGCCAUGGAAAAAGAAAAGGACUGUGAAGAAGCACUUUUAGCACCUGAGCCAUCUCUGCUUCAUUUCAUCUGUUACUGUAUUUAACUAAUACAGCUUUCAUCCAUCUGAUACCUAGAGAGGGGAAAGGGGGAAAGCAGCUGAGUGAGCCUUCAAGCCGGUGGGAAGUGCAGAGUGAUUAGUGCACAGCUAAAAGCACAUACAAUCUGUGGUAAGGAGCACUGGGAGCCAGUUAAGAGCCAGCGACAAUGUCUUUAAACUGCCGGACACUUCCUAUUCAACUUGGAGCCUGUAAGGUGAACUGCAGAGCACUGGUAUGCCUCUUGGUCUUUGCAGUGAGUGUCAGUGGCAGUGCCCCAGGGAUGUGUCCAACAACCUGCAUCUGUGCCAGCGAUAUCAUAAGCUGCACCAAUAAGAACCUCUCUCGGGUGCCAGGAAAUCUCUAUAGGAGUAUGAAAAGGCUGGAUCUGAGUUAUAACAGAAUUGGAUUCUUAGAGCCUGAAUGGGUCCCAGUGCUGUUUGAGAAGCUGAACACUUUAAUAAUCAAUCAUAACAGCAUUAGCAGCAUUAUCACUGGAAGCUUUUCCACAACCCCAAACCUGAAGUACUUAGACUUGUCGUCCAACAGCCUGAAGACGCUGGGCAGCCCCGUAUUUCAGGAGCUGGGGACCCUGGAAGUUCUUCUGCUUUACAACAAUCAGAUCACACAUAUAGAGUCUUCAGCCUUUGGAGGAUUGUACAAAUUACAGAAACUGUAUUUAAGCUAUAACUUUCUCUUGCAUUUCCCACUGGACUUGUUUGUUGGAAAGCACAAGCUGACAGAACUCAUAUUGCUGGACAUUUCCUUUAAUCACAUCCAGUCAAUGCCUAUUCAGCGCCUGAGUUCAGUGCCAGCCAAGCAUCUUAGUGGAGUUUAUCUUCAUGGCAACCCAUUUUAUUGUGACUGCACACUGUACUCUAUGCUCAUCUUCUGGUAUCAAAGGCACUUCAGCUCUGUCGUGGACUUCAAAAGUGAGUACACCUGUUUAUUGAGAUCAGAUCCAAGAGGUUACAACAAACAGCCUUUACUGCAUGACAACUUUCUGAACUGCUCUGAAAGCACCAUCAACAGCUCUUUUCAAGCCUUUGGGUUUAUUCAUGAUGCCCAGGUGGGUGACAGGCUGAUUGUUCACUGUGACAGCAGAAUCAGCGAUGCAGGCACACACUUCGUUUGGGUUAGUCCAGAGAAUAAAUUGCUGGAGCCAGACAUGGAGACCGACAAAUUUAGGGUGUUUCAUAAUGGGAGCCUGGAGAUAACAGAUGCCCAGCUAGAGGACUCUGGGCUGUACUCCUGCACUGCAAUAAAUAAGAGAAGACUAUUAAAUGAAACCAUAGAGGUUAGAAUAAAUGUCAGCAAUUUCACAGUUAACAGGCCUCAUGCUCAUGAAGCAUUUAAUACAGCUUUUACCACCCUCGCUGCCUGUGUAGCCAGCAUUGUUUUAGUACUGCUUUAUCUCUACCUGACCCCCUGCCCGUGUCAAUGCAAGACAAAAAGGAAGAAGAGGAAGCUGAACCAAAGCAGUGCCCACACAUCCAUACUGAACUCCACACCGCCCCAAGAGCUGCCUGCUGAUGAGAAGAAGGCCAGCACUGGCAAACGAGUGGUUUUCCUGGAACCCGUACAUGAACCAAAACACAGUCAGAAUGGGAAAGUAAAACUGUUUCCUAAUGACAAUGUCAUUGCUGAGAGUAUCUUAAAAACUACUCGAACAAAAUCCGACUCUGAUUCUGUCAACUCUGUGUUCUCAGAUACACCUUUCAUGCCAUCAACUUAGUUUACUGCCUGUAUUUGUAUUGUGCCAUUACAUUUCUGAAUACCUCCUUUGCUUGUAGCAACCAUCAGGAAAAACAAAUAAAGAGAGAAAAUGUUUUAAAAAAA